GUCUCAAGAUCCUAUAUGACUUAGAAGGAGUUUUAUCUAAAUAUCAUAAAGACACUACAAUUGAAAUUCUUAUCGUCCCUUUCAGGAAUGAAUUUACCUCUAAAACAAUAAGAAGAGCUAGAAUAUUAAAGUAUAAUAUUAUAUUAACAGAUGUUAGAGAUCUAUAUUUUGAUCUUGUUCAGUUCGUUAAAGAAUGA